AUGGAGUGGCAGAGCUCGAUGGGUGGCUUCAAUUUUGCGCCCCCGCAGAUGAUGAUGACGAUGGCGGGUGCAGUAGAUGAGCACGAUUCACAGAACGAGAAUGAGAACGAGGAGGAUUUCUACGGAGAUGUCAAUGAUGUCGCAGACACAAGAGUAGGGGCGGCGGAAGAUGACGACGAUGAUGAUGCCCAGGCUUCCGGCGACUUGUUGAGCAGUCUCCUGCCACAGCAGCCGCCACAAGCACUCCCACCUCAAACGCCCCAGCCAAAGAUCGAACAAGGCAUGUCCGCCGAGGAGAAGAAGUUGGAGAAUCAGCGGACGGCACAGAGACUGCGUGCACAAUUGCUGGCUAAGAGGCAGAACACUCCUCUCAAGCCCGCCACUCAUCGUGCAGAGACGCCGACCAGAAUGCAGGUUCAGCCAGCACCCCAGACUGCUGUCAAGGCAGACACUUCGCCAGUACCAGCUACGAAGCGUAGCGGUCGAGAGGAUACUUUGGCCUAUGCGGAGAAUCUUGUGGUCCAUGGACAGCCCUCGCAGGACGACAUCGACCUCGACUCCAUGAUUGCGGAUGCAAAACGGACAGCAGAAGCGAAAGCCAGCGAGAUCAAGGCCAAAGGUCACGUGCAGCAUCCAUCCGCACUUGCCGCAUCUACUAACAAGCAGGUGAACGCAACGCCAAUGCGUGAAGUGGAGCAGAAAGCUAUUACCACAUCUGAGAAGUCUCUCCCAACACAACUGAAUGAUGCUUACUACGCUGAUCUCCCUGCAUGGCUCGAGUUGACAGGCUACCAUGACGUCGAAUAUCGCACUUCAAAGCUUCGUACACGCCGCGAGCGAAAAGCACUCGAGGAUGAAGUCGCCCGUAUUCAAGCUAAGCUCGACCAGCUCAAGGAGCAGGAAGCUGCUGAAAUGCAGGCGCUUCGCACGAUCGUCGCCCAUCCGACGUCAUUUAGCAGUAUUGCUCCGCCACCACUUCUCACCAAGCUCCCGUCAGAAGAAGCGCAGAAUAUGGCAGGCGUAGCCGCAAACUUGACCAAUGGUGUCAAAAAGCGACCUCACUCUCCACCUCCAACCACGAUGGAGAAGAACGUGCGUCGUCGCGACGACGCCACCAAUGGAUUCCGCAUCCGUGGAGCAAAUGGUUCACCCACCUCACCUCGCAAUGGCUACAAUGACUACCGUCGCUCUUCCUUCGACGCUCGUAGUCGUGACUCCAGCCUCGAACGCCGGCAAUCGUAUUAUCGACGUGCUGGCGGCCCUCCUCCUCCGCCAUCCGCUGCGGUGAAUGAUAGGUAUGCUCCCUACUCCCCUCGCGAUGGCAGAAGUACUCCUGGCUCGUAUGGUAGUGGCAGAGGUGCUUAUACUGGCCGUGGCGGUCGUGGGAGCAGGCCGGUCGUCAAGCGGUGGUGA